AUGGGCGACUGGAAGGGCUACAUCAGUGCGGUGCUGCGGGAUCAGCGCAUCGACGACGUAGCCAUCGUGGGCCACUCGGACAAUCGUUGCGUGUGGGCAUCGCGGCCCGGGGGCCUGCUGGCGGCCAUCUCGCCGCAGGAGGUGGGCGUACUAGUCGGGCCAGACCGGCAGGCCUUCCUGCAGACCGGCCUGAGCUUGGCCGGCCGCCGCUGCUGCGUCAUCCGCGACUAUCUGCUGGCUGAGGGAGAUGGUGUGCUGGACGCGCGCACCAAGGGGCUGGACACGCGCGCCAUUUGCGUGGGCCACACGCCGCGCGCGCUCCUCGUGCUCAUGGGUAGACGAGGCGUGCACGGUGGCAUCCUCAACAAGACUGUGCACGAGCUGAUCCGCGGGCUGUGCACGCAGGGCGCAUAG